ACAUAUGUCCCUCUCCUCACUUUGCAUUGGACAUCCAACACCAAACUUCUUUUUUAACUAACACCUUCUUAAACUUUCUCUCUCUCUCUCUUAUUUUCUCCACCAUUCACCUCUAAACAACGCAACAAAAAAUUUAACUUAAGAAGUCAUUUAUGCACAUCAACUGCAUAAUGCCAAAGCCUGAAAAUCAGGGCUGCAAUAACACUCUCCAAGAUCUCCCAACGAUGUUGGAGCCAAUUUUCCCAAUCACUUUAAAGUUUGAGGAAGUGGUAUACAAGGUAAAAUUGGAAGAUAUAAAGUGCAAGGAAAAGACCAUCCUAAAUGGUGUUAGUGGGAUGGUAUUUCCAGGAGAAAUCCUAGCCAUGCUAGGUCCCUCAGGAAGUGGUAAAACUACCCUACUUAGCGCCCUUGGAGGAAGGCUUGGUGGAAAGUUACUGUGCGGUAAAAUUACGUAUAACAGCCUACCUUUUUCUGGUACAAUAAAGCGACGGACAGGAUUUGUUGCCCAAGAUGAUGUCUUAUACCCGCACCUUACCGUAUUUGAGACCCUAUUGUUUACUGCCCUUCUAAGGCUACCAAGCACCCUGGCCCACGAAUCUAAAGUGGGCCAGGUUGAACGCGUGGUAGCAGAGUUGGGCUUGAGCCGAGUGAGGAAUAGCAUGAUUGGAGGCCCAUUGGUAAGGGGCCUCUCGGGAGGCGAGAAAAAGAGGGUUAGUAUAGGUCAAGAGAUGUUGAUUAAUCCAAGCUUGUUGUUGCUAGAUGAGCCUACCUCAGGGCUUGACUCGACCACAGCCUUGAGGAUUAUGACCAUAUUGAAGGGUCUAGCUGAGGGAGGACGGACUGUGAUUACAACUAUACAUCAACCAUCUAGUCGUCUUUAUCACAUGUUUCACAAAGUGGUUCUUUUAUCAGAGGGCAGACCCAUCUAUUAUGGGUCUGCAUCGUCUGCUCUUGAGUACUUUUCUUCUUUUGGAUUUUCUACCUCCUUAACAAUGAACCCUGCAGAUCUCCUUCUUGACCUUGCUAGUGGAAUUGGGCCUGAGUCAAAGCAUGCAAUGGAACAAGGUGAGGCAAUGGAGCAAGAGAAGAAACAAGUGAGGGAAACUCUUAUUUCUGCUUAUGAAAACAAUAUAUCGACACGAUUGAAGUCUGAACUUUGCAAUUUGGAGACGACAACUUAUCCUUGGAAGAAAGAUACUUCAAACAUAGCAAGGAUAAAUACUAAAGGAGAACAAUGGUGCACAAGCUGGUGGCACCAGUUCAAAGUUUUGGUACAAAGAGGGAUGAAAGAGAGGAGAUUUGAAGCAUUCAAUAGACUCAGAAUCUUCCAAGUCUUAAGUGUUGCCUUUCUUGGUGGGCUCCUAUGGUGGCACACCCCAGAAUCACAUAUUGAAGAUCGAGUUGCGUUAAUAUUUUUCUUCUCAGUAUUUUGGGGUUUCUACCCCUUAUACAACGCUGUUUUCACGUUCCCACAAGAAAGAAGAAUGCUAAUCAAAGAACGUACAUCAGGAAUGUACAAACUAUCCUCAUACUUCUUAGCAAGAACUAUAGGAGACUUACCUUUGGAGUUAGCCCUACCAACCGCCUUCGUCUUCAUAAUAUAUUGGAUGGGAGGGCUAAAACCAAACCCUAUAGUCUUUGUUCUUUCGCUCAUUGUUGUCCUCUACAAUGUCUUGGUGGCUCAAAGCCUAGGCCUCGCGAUCGGCGCCAUACUAAUGGACAUCAAACCAGCCACAACACUUGCUUCAGUUACAACCCUAGUGUUCUUAAUAGCCGGAGGAUACUAUGUUCAACAAAUCCCACCUUUCAUAGUGUGGCUAAAGUACUUAAGUUAUAGCUACUAUUGCUACAAGUUACUCCUUGGAGUACAAUACCAACAAAAUGAUACUUAUCCUUGCAUCAAGAUGGGAAAUAAAUGGGAAUGGUGCAAAGUUGUUGAUGUUCCUGCAGUUAAAUCCAUGGGACUUGAUCAUUUGUGGAUUGAUGUUUGUGUUUUGGGACUAAUGUUGGUGGGUUAUAGACUACUUGCUUACUUAGCACUUCAACGAGUACGAUGAUGAGCCACCUCAAAUUAUAUAGAUCAGAAUCAUAAACAGUAUAUAUACGUACAUCUUUUUGAGAAAGAAAGAGAGAUAAUUGUGAGUACGUACUUAAUUAGUUUAGACAGCUACAAUACAAGAGUUGUUUUCUCCAUUUUUCUUUUGACUGAGGAGUAAUAAUGAUUGUAAUUUUAUUAGACAGAAAAAUCGUGAUUUUGGAGGUGAAUAAGUACUCCAAUAAUAUAAGUAUUAUAUAGAGA